CUUCCCCUUCCUCCACUGUUCUUUUGGCAAAAAAAGAAAGAAAGAAAGGAAGAAUCCAAAUGGAAAACCAGUCAAUAUAGGGAAUACUUGUACAUGUCUUCAUCCCAUAUUAUAUCAUUAUUUUUUUAUUAUUUCCACCACCCUCUUCUUCUACCCUUAACAUGGAUCAUAGUUUCCACAGUCUUCGCUCUUCUUCCUCCCACCCUGCUACAUCAAUCAAUCUAGCCAAAUGGUAGUUUAGAGAGAGAAAGGGGGAAUAAUAUGGGGGGAGAGAAGGAGAUGGAUCAGGUGGUGGAGAUCUGUGAAGACGAAGAGAAGAGUGAGAAGAGCGAGAGGAGCGUGGGGAGCAGCCGAUCUCCAGGCCUGAUGAAGAGGCCAGCACCAGCCCUGGACCUAAACGAGGUUGUGGCCGCCGAGGGGAGCGAGGAGUGGGAGGUGGAGAGAGGAGAUGAUGAGGAUGAUGGGGGGAGCACCACGGAGGUUGCAGGGGGAGGGAGCUCCAGCAACAACAGCAGCACUAACAAUUGCAGCAACGAAGACAACAAUAACAGUGGUGGAGCUGAAGGGAGCGGCGAGAGAGUGCCCAGGGUGAGGCCGUAUAUCCGCUCCAAAAUGCCAAGGCUCCGGUGGACACCCGAUCUCCACCUAUCCUUCGUCCAUGCCAUCGAGCGGCUCGGUGGGCAAGAGAGAGCAACUCCAAAGUUGGUUCUUCAGAUGAUGAAUGUGAGGGGACUAAGUAUUGCUCAUGUAAAGAGCCACUUGCAGAUGUACCGAAGCAAGAAGCUAGAUGAUUCUGGACAAGAAAAGUCAGGCAUGUCUUCAGUUAUGUCACCAAUGGAUACGCGUCCGGGAAGAGGAGAUCGCCUUCAUGAGAUGUUCUACCAAAGAUCAGGUGCACACCAGUACUUUAGAAUGGAGAGUGGAGGCUUCUUCCCUUCCAGGAGCGUCCACGACCAUGACCGCCUUUACAGCCUUCUCCAUCGACUGCAACUCCAACGGCCGCUUGAUCUCAGGAGCUGCAACUUUGGCGGGCAUCAACAGUGGGCUUUUAACCAGCAAGCGGCAGCAAGAGCUAGCACCAUGAAGGACCACAGUCCAGCGAGUGUUUUGACGCAGGAUAUGGUCUAUAGAAAGGAUGAGAAGCCGUCGACAUCUCACACGUUUGACAUGAGGGAGACGACUGCUGGAAAUGGGAGCAUGAGACCCUCGCACCAAUUCCUUGAGGAAAGAAGGUGGCUUCCUGGCGAAAUGGUUGCUAAGCAGAGACUGGAAGGCAAUAGGAUUGGCAGCUUAGAUUUGGGCGUCCGCAGCUCGAGUCCCCUUGCCAAGGCUCUACCUAUGAACCCAAUCUCUACAGAUUCUUCUUUGGGAUGGAAAGGGAGCAGCAAUUACUGCUAUAACGACAACAUUAUCCAUUCUAACUCUCAUCAUCCAAUUGUCAUCAACGACAGCCUCGAACCUCAAUUUGAAAAGAAUCCAUUUCGACUUGAGGUACUACAGAAGCAUCCGAUGAAUAAGCCCAUGACUACAUCCGAAGAGAUUCUUGCCAGAAAAGAGACCCAUAUCCCAGAGGUGAAGAGGAUGAGAAUGACGAUGGAGAGGGAUUGGAAUCCCAACCUGCACUUAAGCUUGAGCCCGAAUUUGGUAAAUGAUGAGAGUACCAGCAAGAAGGAUCAUGAAGCUGAAGAGGAAGGCGAUAGCGUGCUCGUACUUUCACUCUCUCCCCCUAUUUCCAUGCAACAAGAAGAAACCUCGAAGGCUGAAAUCCAGUUCCUACAAAGAGGUAGCAGCCACAAGGCCGCUCUGGGGCUGAGUACUUUAGAUCUGACCAUGUCAAUUAAGGCAUUGGAGUGAGAUCUUUCAAGUACUUGUCUUGAGGCCUUUCAAUAUGCAUAGUUAUGCUGCCGUGAAUAAGGUUUAGCCCAUGAUCCCUUUUGAGUCCUUGCAUUUUAGUGUUAGUAGCUCUGGGUUCUACAUGUUUUUGGAGUGCUAUGAUCAUUUGAAAUUGAUCUGUUGUCGUCGGAUCAUUAGGGAAAAUAUUUAAGAUAUCUAUGAAAACAGUGAGUUAGCCCCAGUUCUUGCA